UAUGAGUUAAGAAAUAUAUGUAAGCGAUGAUGGUAAAAUAAAAUUAUUAAAUGGUGCAGAAUAAGGGAUGAGAUUAGUAAAUUCUAAUACCAGACAAGUUAUAACAUAAGUAUUUAUUCUAAUUUCUAAAUAUAGUCACCAAUAAUUGAAUUUUCAUAAUAAUAAAUCAGGACUUAAGAUGAAGCACCUAUUCUUUAAACAUAAUAAGUUCUUCCCCCCAGAAUUUCAAGCCAAAAAGUUUUAAGAUAAAAUAUUUCAAUUCCACAAGUCUCAUAUCCUGGUACUUACAGUGUUUAAUAAAAUUGCCAAUAAGCUCCUCCACUUUGUAUGAAUAUUGUAGUUGUUUCAAAAGAAGAAAUAGAAACACCUUGGAGAUUAGAAUGUGAAUAUCUUUAGUCAAUUAUUGCUGAUUUAGAAAGAAGAAAGGAAGCCAAAGUUGUUGAAAAAGAAGUAGUUAAAGUCGUUACAGAUAAUACAAGAAUUGAAUAAUUAGAAUCUCAAUUACAAUAAUUACGUAGAGAGAAUGAUUAACUUAAAAAUUAAAUGAUGUAAAUGAGAAAUAACUAUGAAUAAUAAUUGGAUUCCUUAAGAGGAGACAUUACAUUACAUAGUGCCAAUGCUGCAGAUGCUGCUUCAUUAUAAGCUGAAUUCUUUGCCAUGAGAACUUAAUUGGAAGACUAGAUUGCAGGAUUAAGAAGAUAAAUAUCUGAUCUAGAACUUUAAUUAAGUUAAUCAUAAUAAGAAAAUGAUAGGCUUAAAUAAUUACUUUAAAAUAGAGAUGGUGAAAUUCAAUAAUUAAGAUUACAAUUAUCAAAAUUACAAACAAGUGCUCAAGAUACAAGUCAAUUAAGAGAUUUAGAAAAUCAAUUGAGAUUAUCUAAGGAUGAUAAUUCAAGACUUGAAAGAUUAUUAUAAUAAGCUAAUUAAGAUAUUUAGAAUUGGAAAAACAAAUAUACACUUAUUGAAUAAGAAUCUUAUACCAAAAAUAAUGAAUUAAUUAUGUAAAUAAGAGAUUAUGAAGUAAUAAACUUUAUUAUUUUAGAAUAAAUUAGCUUUAAUAUCUACUGAUAUUGAAAGGUUGCAAAUUCAAAUCAGAAAUAAAGAUGCUGAAUUAAAUGAAUGGAAAUUGAGAUAUACUGAAUUAGAAUCUUAAGGAACUACAGUUAUUUAAGAGAAAGUCACUUAUCUAUCUGAGGAAGUUGAAGUUUGGAAGUAGAAGUUCAUUAAAACCAACCAUGAAUACAAUAAGUGUUAGGAAGAAUUGACUAUGUGUUAAGCAGAAUUAGAAUCUCUUAAGAAGAGUGGAUCAAGGAAAGUAAAUUUAAUAUUGAAAUUUAGGAAGUUGUUGUAACUCAAAGAACUGUAACAUCAAGGGCAGGCAAUACUUUAACAGUUACUGGGCCUACUGGAUCAUAAUCUUAAAUUAAAAGAACUAGUUAAUAGGAAUGAU